AUGUCAGGCAUAUUCGUCGAACUUGAGCGCAAGAGACUGCUCGACGCCGUUGACCAGUUGGUGGACGAAUUCACCCUGAACUCCGACCAGCUCGAGAGCAAACCGUGGAAUAUUGAUCCAAAAGCAGAUGAAGACGGCCAGAAAACGCAAAAGGCCUACUUGAAUGUGUGCCUGCGCAGUCGGAAUCUGGUUGAUCACAUCCAAGCUUCUAAACGCCAGCUCUCGAAGUUCCUAGAUGAGAUGGACGAGGUUGCCGAUGAGCUUCGUUCACUAGGUCCAGAGGAUGGUUGGACUGAGAGUCCUGCAAUGAAAACAGAGCUGGGAAAGAUCGGGCGGGAUAUGAGGAAACGUGUUCAGGAUAUCAUCCGCGAAUACGACGACAAGAUUGAUGAGUGCAACAAGGUCGUCUGCAAUACGUCUCUCGCCAUGCAAACGGUAUGGAAUCACAUGAUGAGAAAGGACUCCUUCACAACCACGGAAAUCUCCAAAGCAAAUCGAGCUAUGGCCUUUGAUACUCGGCACGAGAGUGCGCAGAUGAGGACAAUCGCCAUUCUCACCAUGAUAUACCUACCGCUCUCGAGCGUGGCGGCGAUAUUUUCGAUGGACAUGUUCAAUUGGGAAGCCAGCGCAGGAGAGUCCAUCGUGUCAAAGCAUAUCUGGCUCUUCGCGGUGUUGACUGUGGGGCUUACUUUCCUUACUCUCGUCGCCUGGCGAGUCGGCACUCAACGCUCAAAGGACGUUACAAAGAAGGCAGACAGGUAUUUCGCCGAACUUCAGAGACAGGGCAGCUUUGUCUAA